ACCGGAGCACCCGGAGGAAACCCACGCGGACACGGGGAGAACAUGCAAACUCCACACAGAAAGGCCCUCGCCGGCCCCGGGGCUUGAACCCAGGACCUUCUUGCUGUGAGGCGACAGCGCUAACCACUACACCACCGUGCCGCCCAUCCAACGUGACUUAAGUCGCAAAAAAAAUCUCGUACGCCUAUAUUUUACAUUUUCAAAAAAGUCCAAAAUUGGAAGUCAGUCAGUGGAGUGUAAUGAAGUGUCUCAUUCACUAAGGACGAGGAUCCCAGACGUCCGCUAUUUAGCGGAAUUCCGCUAUUUUUCUCGCCAAAGUGGUGGUGUUUUUUUUUAAGUCUCUUGUACAUCCGUUAAAAAUAUGUUUAAGUAAAAUGACCAGCAGAAUACGUUCUGAUUUGGUUUGCUUGUUUAGCAACGUUUUCAUCGGCUUCGUUUGUUCUCGUUGACAUUCGGGAACACUCGGAAGUUAAAUUGAUGUAAAUACCGCGAGACUGUACGCGAUAGAACGAGAAAACAAUAUGGCUGCACCCAUUUGCUAGAAAACAUGUUUUAACUCCGUUCGUGCUUUUGUUUCUAAUGUGUUGAACUUAAUUCAGAGCACUGCCGGAACAUCAGAAAAAGCAGAAGGAAAGAUCAGAGAAACAAAAGCGGAGAAAACUGGAGGAAAGAUCACAGAAUGCACCCCAGAAAAGAGCAUUAAAUUCCUCUGCAGUGAAACCUUUCAAAAAGAGAGAGGUUUAAAUCAAAUAUCUCCAAUAUUUGCUGUACAUAUGUAUAUAUCUAAUAUUACUGAAUCAUUGAUUUCUGCUCAUAUUCAUGAUUUUUGAAAAAUGAAUGUGGCUUAUAUUAGACUAGUAUUGACAUUAACUCGAAACAAAAAAAAUAAACAAAUGAGAUGAACUAUGGAUACUAUUGUUAUAACAAAAUCAGUGGAAUAUUUAGGCAAGUAUAUUCUUCAAAGCUACAUUUUUGUCUAAUUUUUAUAAUUUUUUUUUUGCCACUUAUGUCAUUGAUUUACAAAAUAUGGCAUCAAAUAGAUACACAUUAUUGUUCAAUCCUGUUGCUUUUCUAUGUUAAAUCUAUGUAAAAAAUGUGUUCUAUAGCAUCUUUAAAUGUUAAAAUCUCAACAGCUUCAGGGGGCUUUGCCCCCUGUACCCCCAGCAGGGGCGCUGCCCCUGCACCCCACAAGGGGCUUGCAGCCCCCUUGACCCCUGCUGAUAGUUUCUUACAUUCCUCUAUUUUUUCAAUUACUGCUGGGAUCCCUGUAAGUGCACAAGGUCGGAAAACAGUGGAGAAAACAGCUAUUGCUUAAAUAGGCUACUAAUGUUUUACAUUAGUAAUUUAGUGUAUGUGACAAAUAAAUUAAUUGAUUAAAUAGAUAAAGAAGCCAAUACUCCGAAGCUCAAAAUUCAGGAAAGUGGCUCCGGUGUCGCAAGUGCACAAGAACAGUUAUUUGAAAGUUAACCUAAUGAAUUUGUGCGUGCACGUGCGAUUUCAUGAAGAACCGGGACAAUUGGCAUUCGGUGAAAGAUUCACACCUAUGACUCAUUAUAUUCGCGCGCGCCUUCUCGCCCACUGUUGCUUCGUUUUCCCGAUUUACAUGAGCGUCUGAAGAUGGAGUUUUCAGAAAUCUCCACUCUGCCCAGAGUUUGUGAAAGUAGCUGUUUUCAGUGACUGAAACCUCCAUAUAGGUGUGAAUGAGAGGUGCAACCGAAUAAAUAAAUGUGUCUUUUUUUAUCUGACUACAUGUAGGCUAUCACUGCGCAAAGCCUCUAAUGUUGAAAUGGUAGUAAUAUUUGUUAAAAUAACAGUAGGCUAAUUUCCACAUUAAUUGGUAAAAUGGCACAAGGGAUGUGAUGGGGGGAUGGCCGUUUUAUAAGGGGGAUGAUCGUUUUAUAAGGGGGAUGAUUUGAGAUUUUUAUUUCAGAAGGGGGAUGCCAUCCCCCUUCAACUCAAGUAGUCCGUAUAAGGCCAUAUUUCACCGGACAUAGGCCCUUCGAUUUCCAUCACUAGAGCGCGUCAAAUUACUUUCGGUUUUGCCAGCGUGGAUGCGCUUCUUUUAAAUGAAGGCACAGAUGUGUCAGACAUCGACAAAACGGUAAAGAAUAAGUGGAGAUGGGCUUGGCUAAAUGAAAUGGGCGAUAACGGCAAGCCAUUUAGUUCAUGGUGCAAAAAGAUGAAAAUGGCAGGUGUGUGCUUUUGUGUAGUUUGCCAUAAAAAUAGUCUAUGGAAGCAAUGGCAAAAAAGUGCCUAGCAUGCCACCAGUCAGAAGCUAACCAUAAGGCUAAUGUUAGAUCGCUCCAGCACACAUCUUCAUUGCCGGGUGCAACAGCCACCACCACGGAGGUUUGUGCUUCAAUGGCUGACUGUGUUUGCUCACAGAAAGUGUGCAUAUGCUCAUUUAUAGCUGAGCAUGACCUAUCGCUGACCAUAUCUCAACCCCUUGUCAACCUAAUCAAAGCAAUUUCAGAAGACCAGUGCGCCCUCUCCAGGCUGUCAUUAUCAAAUGCACAUGCAUCAUAUAUGUGUACACAUGGUAUUGCAGCCCAUUGUAAAAAAGAAUUGUCGGAGAAACUUCAAAAUAAAAUGUUUUCCUUGAAUGCUGAUGAAGCAACCGACGUUAACAUGGAUAGGAUUUUAAACGUGCUUGUGCGUUUUUUUGAUGAUAUGGGCAAAGUUGUCACCCAGCAUAUUGGCUCUCGAAAGGUGAACAUUGCAGAUGCCCAAACAAUAACAAACACAAUGGCAAACAUCCUCCAGUGCUACAACCUGAACUGGAAUCAGGUUGUCUCUGUCCUGCUGGACAAUUGCAAUGUCAUGAGAGGGAAGCGAUCUGGGGUGGAGACCCAGAUUUGCAAAGAAAACCCAUGUGCCUACUGGACAUAAGCGGAGAUGCAGUACACAUGGUUUCGAAUGCUGCCAAGGCUCUUAUAAGCCCUUUCAAGGACACUGUGGAAGAUUUCUGUGCAGAUGUGUAUUAUGACAUUGAGAAAUUCCCCAAGCAAAAGGAAAUUUUUGCAGAAUUUCAAUCUUUGCUCCAUAUGGAGAAGAAGAGCCUGAUCCGCCCCAUCAGCAGCAGGUUCCUUCAAAUGCUGGAGGUGUGUAACAGAAUACGGGAGCUUCUUGAUCCUCUCAUAGUGCACCACUUCAGCUUCCUGUCACCCCAUGACCAGCACAAAUACAGAUGGCUGCUGAACCAGGUUCUAGAAAAGCAUGGGGUGACAUCUGCCGAAAAAGCAAGAGUGAGUGUUCUACAGCAGCAACUUGCAAAAUCCACAAAGGGCCAAACGGAUACAAACCGCGAUAGAAAGACAAGAAUCUCUGUACUUUUCACAGAGUUCAACAAGCUUACGGCCAUUAUUGACUUAUACAGAGGUAUACUCCCACCCUUCCAGGUCUUCCUCAAGAGACUGCAGCAUGAGAAGCCUAUGCUCCAUAUUCUCCAUGUUGAGAUGGGGCUGCUAGUGAGAGACCUUCUCUCAAAGUUUAUGAAGCCUGAUGCCAUCCCCUUAGAUGUGAAGGGAUUAUUGAAGCUUGAUUUCCAGAACAGAGAUCUGCAUUACCCAGACAAAUUGUUAGCAGUGGGGAAAUUCAGCUAUUUUGCUCUGAACAAAGCCAGGGUGGAGAAGUCGUCCUGGGUGGGAGAGGUCUACAGCUCACUCAGAGAAGGCUACGUCAAGGCAGCUACAUUCCUCCUGAAAAACCUGCCCUUGGCUAAUGAAAUCAUAUCCUCCUUGUCUGCACUGUCGCCGUCUUUAAUGCAGGAUCAACAUAUUCGAGUUGCAUUCAGCACUUUGGCCAAGUUCCUGCUAAAUACCUUUACUUCUGAUGAACUGGACCAGCUGGAUGAAGAGGUGAGGGAAUACCAGAUUGGCCUAGAUCUGGGAGUAAAGGCCAAAGGUUUUGAUGAUAAUGAAUCUCGGAUUGAUGUUGACUGGUGGAGGGAGGUAUUUUCAAUGAAGAUGGCAGAAGGGGAAAUCAGAUUUCCUCUCUUGGGGAAAUUGGUCAGGGCACUGCUGUCAGUGUUCACUGGCCCUCUUAUUGAAGGCUCUUUCAACAUAAUGGAUGAUAUCAUUGAAAAAGAUAGGGUCAAGCUGAGUAUUGAAACCUAUGAAGGCUUUGCGGUGAUAGUCACACCUGAAGGCAGCAGGGGAGACCGCCUCAACAAUGAAAAUCAGUGCUCCAUUGAGGAGAUCAUGUUUGUCGUCUUAUGGCAGAUACAAAAGUUAUCUGAAGAAACAGAAGGACAAAAUAAGCCAAGAGAAGGAACGGAAAAUCCGGGAAGCGGUAAAGGUCCUAGCAGCAGUAAAAGUGAGGAGGGUGAAAAAAGCUUUCACCUCUUUAUCCACAUCCACUGGUGCCAAACACUCCUCCUCUACAGCCUCCUCAUACAGCUCAAGAAGAGUCACAUGUGCAACCAAGUCCUCACACUCUUCUUCCACCUCAACCAGAAGAGCCACUCCUGCAGGCAACACCCUUUCCUCCUCCUCCUCUACAAAAUCCAAACCUACAGGAAUGUGCUCUUCUUCCUCCACCACACAAGCCAAACCUGCAAGAAAAGGCGGACCUACAGGUAACUCUCCCUCUUCUAGUGUAAAGGGUACACCUGCAAAACCCUCCUCCUCAUCAGCACCUGGAGUAGGUACGCACACAGAAAUACUCUCUAGCUCUUCCUCAUCAUCUGGAAAUGCUGCAGGGAACCCUCCAUCCUCAUCCUUAGGAAGUACACCUGCUGGAACCCUACCCUUGUCUUCCUCUCCUGCUGCUGUGCCAAGGAAAAAGAAACAAAAACAGGCAUCAGGUGUUGCCAAACUAGAUGCCUUUUGCUUCACUGCGAAGAAGCAGAAAAAGUGAACUUUCACUUUACUUUUCUUGUUUCCUGGUUUUAUUUCAACAGAUUUUCUUCUUUUUCUUUCUGUUCCACUCUUUUGAAAGCAUGGUUCAAGUUCGACUGCACUUGCACUUUUCUCUUAACCACUGUUGUGCAUUACUAAAGUAUUGUUGAAAUAAAUUUGCACUUUGCACUGAAAACUUGAUGUUUCAUCAUUUAUAGCCAGUAAUGACAAUGGUAAAGUCUUGCCUUAGCUUUAGUCAUUGUUAAAAUUAUGUAAAUGUGCUAUAAGUAGGGGAUAAUGGACAACACGGCGUUUAAAAUCUGACGUGGUAGGGGCCAACGACAUGGAACUUUUUUUUUUCAGUCAGAUGAUUUUUUUUUUUUUUGCUUUAAUCCAUGCGAUUUCCACAACAGAAUUCUCUGUUUUUAAUGCAGUGUUGCCUGAGGGCUUGAAGAUCACAGGCAUCCAGUGUUAGUUUUCAGCCUUGUCCCUUGCAUGCAGAGAUUUCUCCGGGUUCUCUGAAUCUUUUAAUAAUAAUAUGUACGGUCGAUGAUGUGAUCUCCAAAUUCUUUGCAAUUUUACAUUAAGGAAUGUUAUUCUUAAAUUAUUGCACCAUUUGCCCACGCAGUCUUUCACAGAGUGAUGAACCCUUCCCUAUCAUUACUUCUGAGAGACUCCGCCUCUCUGGGAUGCUCUUUUGAUUUGGUUUUUUUUUUUUUAAUUUAAAUAAACAUACAACUUUUCUAAUCUUUUGUUACUCCCAUCACAAUGUUUUUGAAACAUGUUGACACAAUUUUUUUUUCUUUUAACACUUGUUUACCACAUAAUUCCAUAUAUGUUCCAUGUUGUUUUGUAGUUUUGAUGUCUUUAGUCUUGUUCUAUAAUGUAGAGAAUGGUCAAAAUUCCAGAAAAAAAACCUAUGAAUGAGUAGGUGUGACCAAAACUUUUGACUGGUACUGUGUGUGUAUUUAUUUUUAUAUAUAUAAAAUCAGUGCCCUCCACAAUUAUUGGCACCCAUUGUAAAGAUUAGUAAAAAGGUUGAGGGAUUAAAAAAAAUCCACCUUUUGAUGAAGUCAUGUCAUCUUGCACUAAAAAAGAGAAAAAUCCAACCUUUUUAAAUGAAGUAAAUUUAUUCAGAAAAGAACAAAUCCCUCAUCGGGAAAUUUUCAACAAAAAUGCAUGUGCCACUAUUAUCGACACCCCUGUAUUUAAUGCUGUGUACAACCUCCCUUUGCCAGUGAAACAGCAUAGAGUCUUUUCCUAUAACAUUUUCUAAGGUUGGAGAUACAGUGCAGGGCAUCUGAGACCAUUCCUCUUUACACAAUCUUUCUAGAUCAUUCAGGGUCUGAGACCCUCUCUUGGGUACUCUCCUUCAGCUCACCCCACAGGUGUUCAAUCGGGUUCAAGUUAGGGGACUGAGAUGGCCAUGACAGAACCUUGAUUCUGUGAUCAGCGAACCGUUUGUGUUGAUUUGGACAUAUUCUUCAGAUCAUUGUCCUGCUGGAAGAUCCAAUGAUGACCCAGUUUUAAUUUCCUAGCAGAGGCAGCCAGGUUUUGAUUUAAAAUGUCCUGGUAUUUCAUGGAGUCCAUGAUGCCAUGUACCCUAACAAGGUUUCCAGGGCCUUUGGAGGAAAAACAGCCGCAAAACAUCACAGACCCUCCACCAUAUUUUACACUUGGGACUGGGUUCUUUUCAUUAGAGCCAUCCUUCUUUUUACACCAAGCCCAUCUUGAGUGUUUUUUGCCAAAAAAGUUCAAUUUUUGUUCCAUCAGACCAUAGAACACUGUUCCAGUCAAAGUUGUAGUAGUGUGUUUCAAAUUUCAGACACUUCCAUUUGUGAUUAACUGACAGAAAAGGCUUUUUUUUCUGGCAUGCCUUCUAAAUAAUCUGUUGGCAUGGAGGUGGAGUCUGGUGGUGGUUUUGGAGACUUGGUAACCCCAAGAUUUAACUUGUAAUUUACUAAAGGUGAUCCUUCAGGAUUUUUUUUUUUUUGUCUCUCUUACCACCAUCCUCACUGUUUGUGGGGGCAAAAUAAACUUGGGUCUUCUUCCAGGCACAUUUGUAACAGUUCUAGUCAGUGUCCAUUUUAUUAUUAUUGCCCUAACAGUAGAAAUGGGCAUUUUCAGGCAACUAGCUAUUUUUAUAACCAUUUGCUGACUUAUGAAGGUCAAUAUACUACUUCUCCCUCUUUUGGUUUGUGUUCUCUCCUAUCUUUCUCAUGUUGAUUGAUGAUUAAGGGAAUUUGGCCUCUGUGUCACCUUAUUUGACCCUCAGUUAAUCAGGAAGUCAUGGAUUACAGCUUGAAAGUUCCUACAUGCUCCAAUCAACUCAAAAAUGUAGACUUUAAAUGGGAAACAUGCUUCAGUUACAUUGUGUUCACUAUAAUUUCCAAGGGUGCCAAGAAUCAUA